GAUGCCAAACGCGGUAGCUCUAUCAUCACUUACUUUCCUUCCCCCAUCUACCACCAACAAAUAUUGAUUCACACACGCCAAACCCUAUCGAAGGAGCAAACCCAAAUCAACAACCCAACCCUACUCGUCUUUUCCGAUCCGAUUCGAUCCUUUCCGAGUAAAAGUUCAAAAUGAGUCGUGCCCAGGAUGCAAACCGAUCAUUCUUCCCUUUUGGAAAUCCUUUUAGGAUGAUAUCCCCUAAAGGCACUAAAAUUUCUCAUCAGCUUUUGUUAGUAUUACAAGCUUUCGAAGCAACUUUGGAAGAGAGGCUGACAAGGCUUAUUCCUGAGAGCAAGGAUGAGAUCCUUAGUUUGUCUUGGAUGACUUUGGCGAUGCGGGUACUCUGCGAGAGUCACAGUGACAUUAAAACCCUCACAACAGAGCUUGAGCUUCCUGUUAAUGAUUGGGAUGAGAAAUGGAUAGAUGUGUACUUUGACAUUAGCAUGAAGUUGCUGGAUAUAUGCAAUGCAUUCAGCUCUGAAUUAUCUCGAAUGAGUCAGGGUCAACUUUUACUUCAGUGUGCGUUGCACAAUUUAGGUUCCUCCUCUUCAGAGCAGUAUGAUCGGGCAUGUUCUUCAUUUGAUGGUUGGAAGCAGCAUAUUGGUUCAGGAAACCCUAGGAUUGAGAAAUGUGGAAGCAUUUUGGAAGGUCUUCUGGGGUCACUUGAUCUUCCCAAGGUUAAAAAGUCUGCAAAAGGAAAGGUUUUGGUGCAAGCUAUGUAUGGAGUCAAGGUUCUCACAGUAUUUGUAUGCAGUGUGUUUGCUGCAGCCUUUUCAGGGUCUACAAAGAAUGUGUUGGACUUGGACGUGGCCGAUGUAUAUUCUUGGGCUCCGACCUUUAAAAGGUUGCAAAAUCUUGUAAAUGAGGAAAUUAGAGUUAGAUUAUCGGGUGGAAGAUUUGCUGUGUUGAAUGAGUUGGAAUCUGUUGAUUCCUCGUUAAAGGAAUUGUAUCCUAUUAUCCGGGGUGUUGUAGAUCCCACUGAGAUGAAAUCGCUUCCGGAGAUUGUUGGGCAAUUAGGUAGAUCAUCGGGGAAUCUUUCGCAGGGACUAGAUCUUCUUGCAAAGGAAGUUGAUAGCUUUUUCCAAGUUGUUUUGACCGGUCGUGAUGCCUUGCUAUCAAAUCUGAGGUCGGGCGCUACUGCCAUUCACAGCAACGUCGGUGUAACGGAAAUGCAGAGAUAGUCAAUUGAACGUGUUGCAAACUAACUCUGGUACACACACAGAUGGAUCUAGGUUUUUGGUUUUCUGUUUUAUGACUGACGAUGCUCAAUCAUGCCUAGCUUAUUGUAUGGAUGUUAGAAUGAUUAGUAGAUUAUGUGCCUGUGUUAUUGUUCUGAAAUGUAUAUUUGUGAUGUAAUGUGUAAUGUUAAAUACUGAAAUAUAUAUAAAGUUACUUGUGCUCAUAUAAGUUUGUAAUUUGAUGCUCUUUAAUUCUUUCUCUUCAUUUGUUAAUGAAAUCCGUGUAAUUUAAGAAGCUUAAAAUGCGGCUGCUAUGAUUUUGAUUUUUUAUUUGGAGGGAUAUGGAUGGGGAAAGCAUCUUUUCAUGUUGACUGGGAAGAUUUUUGUCCUGAGACAGGAUGAAGUAAUUGUAUGAGGGCUAUUGUGAGAUUAUUAUAUUUGUGAUUGCAUCAUGUAAUUAUAUUUGUGAUUGCAUCAUGUAAUAUAGUCUGUAGCAUGGUAGUACACGUUCAGAAUGUUUAAAUGUCAGAGGCAGAUAAAGAACUGGGGAUACAUACGAAAGACAAGAAGUCUCGGAUUGAGUUAUGUGCUUCGACUCUCUGUUCUCGAACACGGGCGUUCUAUUUGGUGAGCUAUUUCUACAUUGUGCGUGCAACUUACUAUUUCUUAGAUUGGUUUGUGCACUUUCUUUAGCUCCCUUCUGUCUCUACUUCUUUGUGUACGCUUUCUUUUAAAUUUAUUUUGCUUAUUCAGGACUUGAUCGUCAGUAUUUAAUUCUGGAGUAUUGCGUGUUAUUUAGUAUAUUGUAUAUUUUUAUCAUCUGAUAUUUUGAAACUGUCAGAUCAGUCACAAUACCUUCAGAUCAAGGUGCCACAUCUAAUUCUGAUCUACUGUCACCUUAACUCGGAACUUUUUACAAUUGUGUAAGUUUGUAAAAGAAUUUACUGCUCAGCAUUACUUGUUGAGAUAUGUGAAAAUUGAGUUGCAUUUCAUGCUGUGUUGAAGGCAUUGGGGACCAAGGAUGUUUUCAUCAUCCUCGAUAAGCCCCUCCGAAUAUCAGGUAGGUGGUAGAGAAAUCAAAGAUUUGAACCUCUUUAAUAAAUUGAUAGCAUUCUCUAAAGAUAAUCUGGGAGGGCACUGCAAGCUGUGUUGAAGAGAGCAGAGACCAAGAUUUGUCCAAGAUGAUCUUUUAUGAAUCGAAAAUGGAGAACUAAUCUAGUCAAGUUCUCUUGGCGGUCUCUCAUUGUGAACGAGCCACAAAAAAACCAAGCCACAUGCAUGCUAUGGAUCUUGUGAACAUCUUGGUCUUGCAACAGCCUCUUCAACAUUUGCUUAUUUUUUCUCCUGUUUUUAAUUUCUGGUUGAAAUUAAGUUAUUGAUGCAACUUUUUUGCUGGAGAAUUCUAAGUUGAUACUUGAAUAUAAAGCUGUGUUAAAUAUA